AAGUGUCGAUGAAAAAAACAAAAUGAAAUAUAUAUUGCAGUGGUCAUCCCCAAAUAACAUUCCAUUCAUAUACAUGGGAUUGGGACAGAGUGGUUUCAUCAAAAGAAACUGUGCUUUUACUAAUUGUUUUGUCACGAGUAACAGGGCUUAUUUUGAUGACUACAGAAAAUUUGAUGUGAUUGCAUUCCAUGGGCCAGAAUUAGUGCGAAUAAAAAAACACGAAUUACCAAAACAGAGGUCGCUACAUCAAAAAUUUGUAUUCGGAAGUAUGGAAUCACCAGAUUACUACCCAAUUUGUUCUAGCGAACUUGAUAACUUUUUCAACUGGACGUGGACUUACAAAGCAGCAUCAGAUGCAAGAUGGGGCUAUAUGGUAGUUCGAGAUUCAAAUAAUAAGGUAAUUGGUCCUAAUAUUGAAAUGCACUGGAUGAAAAAAGAAGAAAUGGCCCCCGUUAGCAAAGAAUUCAAAGAGAAGUUGAAAACUAAAACUAAGGCAGCGGCUUGGUUUGUGUCUAAUUGCCAUGCUAGAAGCGGUCGAGAACGAUACGUGAAAGACCUAAAUGAAAAAUUAAAGAAAUACAAAUUGAGUGUCGAUGUGUAUGGUGGUUGUGGUACCUUAAAGUGUCCUACAGAAAAGCAAGAUGAAUGUAUUAAAUUGAUUUAUAGAGAUUACUAUUUUUAUUUGUCCUUCGAGAAUUCUUUUGCUGAAGAUUAUGUUACAGAAAAAUUGUUAUAUCCACUACAAAACAAUGCUAUUCCAAUUGUUUAUGGUGGUGCUAAUUAUACAAGAUUCAUGCCAGAUGGUAUAUACUUAAAUGCCAGACAACUAGGUCCUGAAAAGUUAGCGGAGAAAAUGAACGAUUUAAUAUUAAAUCCGGAUCAAUAUGCAGAUUACUUCAGAUGGAAAACCCACUAUUCGUAUCAUGAUAGACAAGAAAGUAUAGAAACUGAUGAUUAUUGCAGAUUUUGUUCAAUGCUUAAUGAUGAAGAAUUGGUCAAAAAAGUUACAACAUAUCCAAAUUUCAGGGAAUGGUGGAAUCUUCCUAAUCGGUGUUGAUGUAUUGUUGAUUUUAGGCUAAUUGGCUUAAUAAAUGUCUUGCAGAUUAUGUUAAUGUAAAGAUAAAGUUAAUUAAAAAUAAUGCAAAUUAAAGCAAAUGCAUAUAUCUAUUAGUCUGAAAUUUGUAUGCUCUCUUUCUCUUUUCUCAAAUUAUAUGUUAAAUCUUUUAAAUUUCAUACAAAAUACAAUAUUUUUGGAAUA